AUGCACCCUCCUUCCACCACGCCCGCCACCUCGCCGUCGUCGUCGUCGUCGUCGUCAUCUACCGCACACUCGCUCGCCGCCGCCGCCGCCGCCGCCCUGCCGCCCAAGCUGUCCUCAAGUCAGCGCUACGACCACCACCACCACCACGAAGACGACGACGAUGACGACCACGACGACAAUGACAAGCUGCGUCGCUGCCACAGCCGCAUCCUCAACCUCUCGCUCAAGGUCCGCAUCGCCUCCCUCGCCGCCCUCUGCCUCGCCUCGUCGCUCCAGCAGUCGUUCGACACCUCGCCCCACCUCGUCGCCCUCGGCCUCGACCCUCGCAACCGCCACGGCCUCUCGUUUGGCGCAGCCGCACCCCUCCUCGCUCUCGUACGCUGGGACACCGUCUACUUUCUCUCCAUCGCCUCGCCCACGCCGGCACCCUCGCACCCCGACCUCUCCCUCCCCGCCAGCGGCGGAUACAGCCACGAGCAGAUGCUCGCCUUCCAGCCGGGCAUCGUCGCCCUCCUCCGCAUCACCGGCUACCUCUCCCUCGGCGGCGCCGGGGGGCCAUGGAGCCCGCUCAGCGCGCUCGCCUUGACCACACUCCUCGCAAACGUCGCCACCUGGAUCGCACCCCUCAUCCUCUUCCGCCUCAUCUGGGCCCACACGGCUUCGCUCCGCCUCGCCUGGCUCUCGGCUGCCCUCUCGCUCAUCUGCCCCGCCGCCGGCACCGCCCUCUCGUCUCCUACCCCGGAACCCUUCUACUCGCUCUUUGCCCUCCUCGGAAUGCUCAGCCUCGCUCCGCCCUCCUCGAGUCACAGCCAGAGCCAGAGGGGCUCUUCGUCUUCUCCGUCGCCUUCGCCCUCGCCCUCGCCCUCGCCCUCGCCCUCGCCCUCGCCCUCGCCCUCUCCAGAGCCAAAGCCGAGCCCGGCUGCGAUACCGACCCGCGACACCUUUACGCGCCGGCUGUGCGCCGCCUGCUGCUUUGCCAUCGCCACGUCGUUCCGCUCCAACGGCGUCCUCCUCUCUGGGUUUAUCCUGUGGGACCUCUUCUGGGCGCCUGCCCAAGAUGCGGCAGGCAACAGCGGCGCGCUGGCUGCCCUCGUCGACCUGUCCGAGGCGGCGCUGCUCGUACCCCUCUCCAUCUCGCCCUUCCUCCUGACCCAGGUAUGGGCGUUCGGGCGGUUCUGCGUCGAUACGGCCUCCUCGCUCGAUGCUGGCGGUACGAGACCCUGGUGUCGCGCGGGAAGCAGGAGCGUCUACGCGUUCGUGCAGGACCAGUACUGGGACGUCGGCUUUCUCCGAUACUGGACGUGGUCUCAACUGCCCAACUUCAUCCUGGCAUCGCCCGUGCUGGCGCUGUGCAUCUACACCCUCGUCUGCUACUCUGCACGUUCCGACGUCGUCGAAAUCGUCCACGUGCAGAUUUCGCUCCGCUUCGCAAGUCCAGGCGGCAUGCCCCUACUCUGGUACGGCCUCGCCUCGUCCUUCCUCCAUCCUCCUCGGUCCUGGCCCCGUCUCCUCGACGCAGCCCUGCUCUGGUUGGCCGGUUGGUACGUCUGUAGCAUCCUCCUCUAUUCCGGCUUCUACCCGCCUGCCUAG